UGAGCGCUAAAGGACUUGGAAUAGGGCGUGCUUUUAUUUUGAAGAGCAUGAACUGGGAAGAGGAAGUUGGUGUCCGUGUUGUGAGUGUUUCGAGUUUUGUUCAACAACAACAACACGGACAGAGUUGCAGCAUGAAAAAGCUUCUAGUUUCAUUCUGAAACCGUCGAGGAGAAGCAGCAGCCGUCCGGCGACACGUCAGUCUGUCACCAUGUCUGAUUUCGAGGCGCAGCUUGGCGCCUUUUUGGAGAUGAUGGUGAGCGCGGCGGUGACAGAGAUGAGCAAAGUUAUCGGCUCGGACUCAGCCGAAGAGUCUGGAAGCACACGCGGCUCCCCGGCGGACACGGUGAUCCAGUUCAGCGUCUUCAUGACGUCUCUGGCUCAAGAAGCUGUGGAGAAGAUCUGCCAGCUUUUCCACGAAUGUUCCUCUCUGCUGCAGUUACAAGUGACGCAGGGCAUUGCAGAGACUGAGGACCUAAAGAGGAGACUGGAGGUGGCAGAGACGGAGCUGAAGCUGGUGCUGGAGGGCAGCGGAGGCCAGAAGGAGGCGGAGGAGCUGAUGGAGGGAAGCAGCAGACCAAAGGAGGGCGGGAGGGCACCGACAAAUGGAGAAGAAGAAGAGACAGUCCAGAGCCAGCGCUCAGGGAGGAAGAGAAGAGUGGCGGCUAGUGGUGACGCUGGAGUGAAGAGAUCGCCCAUAAUUCAUCUGUGGAAAGGCAGAACGUAUGAGGACAAUAUCCAAUCUGUGAUAAUAAAGGAGGAAGGUUUGGAGGUGUUCGCUGACCAGGUGUCAUCUGAUUCUGGUCAGUACAGAGAUGAACCGGGCCAGGAGGAAGCUGACGACCUGGAUUACCAGGAGGCAGAGGAUCCAGAAGAUGGUGACCCAGGAUUAACCACCAGACCCAAACGUGUUGUAAAGCCCAAGUCCCAUCGAGGCCGAGUGAAGAAGGACAGUCAUAGUCAGAACCAGCAUCCUCUGAGCUGCAAACACUGCAGGAAAACCUUCACCAAGCUGCUGCAGCUCAAAGCCCACCAGGCUGUGCAUGGGGCGAACGCAGAGAAGCCUUUCCACUGUUCUCAGUGUGACAGAGGGUUUUCUUUCCAGCGAAGCCUCAAUGCACACAUGCUGCUUCACACAGGUGAAAGACCACACACCUGUGAUGUUUGUGGGAAGGGUUUCACCUUGAAGCACCUCCUGAGGAACCACCAGCGUCUCCACGCUGAGGUCCGUCCGUUUUGCUGUGAACAAUGUGGAAAGAGCUUCUACCGAGCUCACGGCCUAAAAAUGCAUAAGAUGGUCCACACAGGAGAGCGGGCUUAUAACUGCCAGUACUGCAACAAAAGCUUCACAAUACAAGGCAACCUGCAGCGCCACCUGCGCAUACACACGGGGGAAAAGCCGUUCAAGUGCGAGACCUGUGGCAAAAGCUUCAAUCAGGCCGACACUCUGAAAGGCCAUCAGCGGAUACACACUGGUGAGCGCCCCUUCAGCUGUGAGACCUGUGGCAAAUGUUUCAUCCAGAAGAGUGCCUUGAAGAUGCACCAGAAGACUUCUCAUUCAGGUGAGAACUCGCUGGCGUGCGUGGCAUGUGGCACUAAUGUGGCCUGUGUGGACUCGCUUCGCAAACACCUCCAGACGCAUGCGGCGAAUAUCCCGUGUACUUGCGUGCUCUGCGGCCGGCGGCUCAACUCCAUCACCGACCUGCGCUCGCACCAGCAGCACCACACAGUGGACAGGCCCCACAGCUGUGGGCUCUGCGGGAAGAGCUUCAAGUCGUCCAGUUACCUGAAGAUUCACCUGAAGACGCACAGCGGGGAGAGGCCCUUCUCCUGCGACAUCUGCGGUCGCAUGUUUACGCAGCACAGCAGCCUCAAAUCACAUCGGGUGGUGCACACAGGAGAGAAACCCUUCAGCUGCGACACAUGUGGGAAAUGUUUCAGCAACACGGGCAACCUGAACAGACACCAGCGUAUCCACACUGGGGAGAAGCCGUUUAGCUGCGACACGUGUGGACGCAGCUUCAAUCAGGGCAACAGCCUGAAGGCCCACCAGCAGAUACACACCGGAGAGAAACAGUUUAUGUGCGACAAGUGUGGGAAGAGUUUCUCCUACCUGAGGAACCUGAAGGACCACAAGUGUUUCUACGUCUGAAGCUGAACUGUGAUGUGACACCUGAGUGAAAAGCUUCCCUGUAGCUGCUGAAGAACAAAAUGGGCAGAUGGAUAACAAAGGAACACUUUGCAGUGAAAGUGGCUUUAGUGUAAAGGUGGAGACAGUUACUGUGUACACUGUCUUGGCCAAAGGUUUAAGAGGCUUGUUGUGAUAUAAGUCAUUUCCCUGAUGUCCUUAUCCAGUCCUGCAGAUAGUGCCAGGUCUUUAAAAAAACAAAAAUUAAAUGUGGGAAUAAAUGACAAUUCACAUUUCUAUAGUAUCAUGAUAUCACUGGAGUAACCUGCAUGUACCGAAAGUUUGCUGACAAAAUGUUUUUCAACCUGUUUUACAGAAGGGCUGGAAUAAAGACAGAUGAGUUGCAGCAGGUACUACAACAAAAAUCCAACAAUUAGCUGUUUAGACUUCUAGUCGUCUUCUUUGAUAAAUGAAAACAUGUUUACAAGUUAUUUUCAGUACUGUCAGUUUUACCUGUGGGAUCACAAACAAUCUUGCCAUCCACAAUAAAAAUGUAACAGUAUUUUGCUGAGAGAAUUUAAAUGAUAUUCCUGAUCAAAGCUGUACAGACUAUAAAAGUGUUAUUUACUGA